CAUUGUUGCAUUGGAGAGAGGGGAGAUUCGGGUCGUCGCUCAUAGCAACGGGCCGGGGAAAGGCGAGAAAUCCCGCUCCCCGCGCCACCCCCGAUACCUGUUCCCACAAUUGCCUCUUUAGUAAUCCCAAUUUAAGAGAAAACUUUUUUUUUAAAUAUAAAAAUACGAAAAAUACAAUGGCCGUUCUGGAGCCCGAGGCCUAACUUCACUGUUGAAGCCUCGGGGUCGAGUCAGUGGGCAGUCCGUGCCGGCUCGCUGCUGUCCCGGCAUCAAUGAUGCGCUGAAGCUGGAGGGCUUUUUAAAUAGAAAAUAAUCGAAGAAAAUAAACUAAAGAACAAUAAAAAGACACAAAAACGCCGGGAGUUCACUCCACCAUCCCCACAAAGCAAAUAAUCCCCGGAGGGAGGACUCUGCCAAGUUCCAGUUGCAUCGAUAUGUUGGGACCAAGUUAGGUCCUUAGAGAUCUUGACACCCAGGAACUUGAAACUGCUCACUCUCUUCACUUCUGAUCCCUCUAUGAAGAUUGGAUACGCUUGGAAAAUCAAGAGUCUUUAACAGAAGAAAUGGCUCUACAAGACUUGACAGAUAUUUCUGCAAUGACAGAUGAGGUGUACAGGACACGAAGCCAGAAGAGAGCGUUGGAACGGGAUGGUCUACACAAUGAUGUUGAGACAAAAAAACCCAAAAUGGAAUGUUCCCGAGGAACUGAUCUGGACAGUGAUUUGGAAGAUCUAAAAGAGAUCAGGAUUAAAACAGAGCCGGCUGACCGGGGUGGCGGAAGAACUACAGGAUUAUUAAAGGGGCCAGGCGAAGUGAAAGCAACAAUCAAAGUCGAAGUACCGACUGGAGAUGAGCCCGUUGACAUGAGUACAUCAAAGAUUUUCAAAAUAACAAAAAAGGAAAAGGGCCUGAAGCAAAAGUUUGGGCACCCUGCAUGUGAAGUGAAGAAGGGAAAGCGUGCCCCAUCUCCAGACAUCAUUGUCCUUUCUGACAACGAGCCUUCGAGUCCCAGGUUGAAUGGGCUCUCAAAAGAAAUGGGAAGAAGUGCAAAUACAGAUGAUAUUAUGAAGAGCAGCCCUGAGGAACGGGAAAGAAUAAUCAAGCAAUUAAAGGAAGAGUUGCGAUUAGAGGAGGCCAAACUUGUCCUGCUCAAGAAACUCCGCCAGAGUCAGAUUCAGAAGGAGGCCACAAUUCCAAAGCCUGCUGUCUCGACAGGCACUGCCUUGGCCACCCCACCCCCGCUGGUCCGGGGAACGCUGCACGUUCCCACUGGCAAACCCAACUUCCAGGUAACCACUACACGUGCAGUGGGAACAGUAAUCCCACCACCGUUGGUUCGUGGGGGUCAACAGGGGACCUCAAAGCUUGGAUCUCAGCAGAACCCACAGAUCGUGAUGCCACCAUUAGUGAGAGGAGCUCAGCCGAUGUCUGUUUCUCAGCAAAUCCACACCAUCAGACCACACGGCAGCACUGCCCCACCUCCGCUGUUACUGGCUCCCAGGGCAUCGGUGCCUAACACUGUACACAUCCAGGGCCAGAGGGUUCUACAGCAGGGACUGAUCCGUGUGGCCAAUGUCCCCAACACCAGCCUGCUCGUCAACAUUCCACAGGCUUCAAAUACAAUGAAAGCCUCAUCCUUGAACUCUGCUCAGUCGAAUGCUAGCAGCAAUACUGCAGUAUCCGUUGUCAACUCCAAUGAGUCACCAGCCAGCCGACAGGCUGCCGCCAAGCUUGCUCUCCGCAAGCAGCUGGAGAAAACGUUGCUGGAAAUUCCACCGCCCAAACCUCCAGCCCCGGAGCUGAACUUCUUACCAAGCGCUGCUAAUAAUGAGUUUAUCUACCUGGUCGGUCUUGAAGAAGUGGUGCAUAACCUCCUAGAAACACAAGGUAAAGCCUCAGCACAGGCAAUGGUUCAAGAACCAUACGCCUGCUCUCAAUGUAAAACUGACUUUACCUGUCGCUGGAGGCAAGGGAAGACUGGGACGAUCAUGUGUGAGCAAUGUGUGACAUCCAACCAGAAGAAGGCAUUGAAAGCUGAACAUACUAACCGUCUGAAAGCAGCAUUUGUGAAGGCUCUUCAGCAAGAACAGGAGAUUGAACAACGGAUACUUCAACAGACACCUUCCACUGUACAAAGCAAGCAGGACUCUACAGUACAGCACCAUUCGUUGAAACAGGUAUGGAAGGGAUCCAGCCAGUUGUCUCGAGGACCUCAGAGCACCACAGCCCGUGGGGUGCUGCACACGUUCAGCCAGUCAUCUCAGCUGCAGAACGUCUCUCUUGUCAACAGGCAAAGCAAACACGCUGAAAGAGCUGGUGCUAAAGGCAGCAUCACUACCUGGAGGAAGCAGGCCCCCAACACAGGGGUUACAAUGGCUUACGUUAGCCCAAACCUAUCAGGCCAGAAGACGUCAUCAACCAUGGAUCGUCACCGCGAGUACCUGUUGGACAUGAUCCCUUCACGAUCCAUCAACCAGCCAUCCAACGCAUGGAAAUAGAUGCAGUGGAGUGGGGUGGGUGGGAGGGUUAGACAGAGAUGCUUGGAAAGGCCAAGGCGAAUACCUUGUCCCCAUCUUUGCUCGCUGCAGUCACGCAGUCCAACGGUCAAAGGUGUGGGGCCCAGGUCACCCCAGAAACUGCCCGUACAGUAGAGUCUGCAUUUCUUGGAAUUGUGAGCACUGUUCUUGCACAGCGUAUAAGGGAAAGUACAAUGUGUAACCAGAUGGACAUAGGCAUACAUCUUGCCAGAUUACAAUGACACUGCAUGUGGAAAAGAGGUCUCUUUUACUUGCUGUUUCUAUGUGCGUGUGUGCAAGUACACGUAUUUAGUGCUCACACAUGUGUUGCUGUUUUUCACUUUGUGAUACAAGUGAUAUCAUCAUGGAUCUCUGGUUCUGCAGUAGCUGUAUUGUUCUGGGAACUGUGGAAGAGGUCCCUCCACCCUGAUGAAUGUAGUGCAGGUCACUCAGGGUGUGGGAUAAAGUGGGGGCAGUUGGGAGUGUCCCAUCUCGAGUGGAGAUGUCAGAGAGACUUGGCCUUGUUGAUCUCCUUCCCAUGGUGCAGAUCAGGUGUAUAGACGUUUCUUUACUCUUCCACUAGUGUGCUGAUAGAAUUGUUUAUAAGUAAACAGAAUUACCUCCAACUUUCACCCGUUUGCAAAGCAGCCUGACUGUCUGGAUUUGAAAUUUUUAAGACUUUAUUUUUGGAGUCGGGAUGAAAGUCACUGGAGAUUGUGCAGUGAUGCUGAUUCUUUCCAUCUGAAUGCAGAUUCCUUCCGUGUCAUUCCCACAAAUCCCACACCAUACUGUCAGUAAACAACACAUUUAACAUCUGGGCGUAACAUGGUUAGCCUUGAUCAUUCCAACUUCCUAUUGUUUCUGAGUGGGGGAGAUUGUGUAAACAAAUGGAUUAAGUUUUGUCUUUGGUGGUGUCCUGGUGAUAAUCUGCCUCCAUCAGUUUGUGAGUUCAGUAGCACUGAACUCUUUGCUUGGGACGUAGAGGUAAAGAGCCCUGCCCGAUCCUUGGAGUGCGUGACCAGUAUCCCACUGCAGCUGAACGAGAGCCAGCCUGGGAUAGCACUGACUAUUGGUUUUUUGGUGAUCUUGUGCUCAAUGGGAGAGGCAGGCGGGUGGGUGGGGGGGGGGGCCUUUGACUUGUUUAUACUGAAUCUUUCUGGGCUGGGAAGGUGACCUGUGUAUGUGCUCCCUUGGGAAAGUGAGCUUUCCUGAGUGAUCCAAUGCAAUUGGUGAUGGUGGAGGUAGUCCUGUAAAAAAGCAUCACCCUUCAGUAUUGGUGACCAGGGCCGCCGUCUUCCUGCCCCCAUGGCAGUCAUUUUAAUCUGCUACUUUACCCUUAACCUGUCAACACUCUUCUGACAUUUGGGCAGACUUUUAUUUUUCCCCCAGUUUUUGAUACAGAUUAGUCAUUAGUAAAGCCAUUAAAAUAUUUUGCAGAUGUUCUUGUUUAUUAGAGGGUAUUUUUGUGUUUGCUUGGUUAGCUGGAAUGAUGUCCUUAAUUCAACCAAAGUAUCGUUGGAGUUAAUUUUUUAAUGUGAAUUUUCUCACUGUGGAGAUUGAAGUAACAACAAAAUUUAUUCUCCAGCUUCUGGGUCCAUUCAGAGUCUCACUGAACUCUCGAGGGAAAGGGUUCACCGCUAAGGUGUUUAUCAUCUAUCCAUAUUCCAGUGCGUUCCCAGUGUCUGCACACCAACAGUAGGUGCACAUCAUCCGCAUAUACACGUGAUCAGUCAUACCUCCUUUCGUUGCUUCCUGAUCUCACUGUGUACUCUUUGACUUCCCACUCCUGUACCUCUGAUUGUGUGGACAUGUCAGAGCAAUUGUCCAAAAGGCUCACACUUUUCCAAACUAUCGCCAUUUUGAACGUACUUUCACUGUCUUCACUACUGUCUCUGUGGCAACCUGGGCUGGAUUUCAAUAAGCAAGUUCCCUCUGCAGAGCCUCAGAUUCUCCAAAAUACAACAUACAGAACUGAUAUUUAUGUUGCUGUAUAAGUUUGAUUUUGCCUUGAUUUUCAUUGGAUCUUUAAAGAAUAUGCUAUUCAGGACUCUGGGUGGAUUGUAGGGGUUGCUGUGCUUCUCCUUCCCUCCCCCUCACCCCACAACCCCAUCUGUAACUCGAGAGACUACCAUACUAUCACAUUCAAUAGUAAUAAUUCUGUUCCCAUUUUUGAGCUUGUCCUGUGGAGAGUCAGCCUAUUUACUGACUGUGCUUGCUGGUUACUGAGCAAAUUGGCCAUGUUCAAGAAGAUCCUUCCUCCGGUCCCACUUCUACAUGCCUACUGAAGGUGAUUGUUUUUCUCGCAGUAUUUGAGGACAGAUUAGGUUGAUUUGGACAGUCAUCCUCACUGAUCUGUGUGCUUGUUCUGAACUGGGAAUCUCACCUGUCUGAGUUAGGCCUAAGAAAUAGGAUGUCUAGUAACUGCCAUCAUCAUACCAUCUUCCUGCCCCUUUCCCUGACAGUGAGGUUGUGGUGAAGAAACGGCCUGUGCCCAACCUCAAAAAACUUGAGAUGUCCCGCCCUGUCAUUGUGGGCCAUUCAUUCAGGUAGGACUCUUGUGGAAAGGGGACAAGAAACAAUUCUGCAAAGCUCACCAGCUUUGACUUUGAAGGAACUGUAGUCCACAGGACAAUGCAUCUCAUUUGGGUGUUGUAUGUCAUGUUCAUACCAAAUAUUGCAGCCAGCUUCACAUUGGCGACAAGGAUUGUCACAAACCCUUAGCCCUUUGGAUCCCAUGUUUCAUUGAGGCUUCAUCCCUGCCAUUUCCCCCCCCCCCCC